AUGUUGCCAGGGGAGCAUUGUUCAUCAACUUCUGGCCUAGAGCCUGAAAAAAGUACUGGUGAUAAUCCCAAUGAAGAUAAUGUAGAUGAAGAUGACCCAGAAAGACAGGAUCAAGAUUCUGAAAUAUCCAAAGAAGAAACUGUGAAUGAUCAACAAGUAGAAGCAGAUCAAGAACGUGGUGAUGAUCAUCAGACAGAAAAAGAAGAAAUGGAGGAGCCAACUGUCGGUACUCCUACUCGACUGCAAAUUGAGUGUGGUCUCAUAUCCUCCACAGAUGAUGAAACAAAUAAGGAAGAUGAAACAGCAGAAGAGUAUUCCCCACAUUCUAGCCGCAAAAGGGAAAGAGAAUCCUCAGAAGAGGAAAACGAAGAUCAUGAACAAGAACAGGAACAAGAAGAUCAAGAACAGCAAGGAGAUGAAGUAGAAGAACAACAAGAGCAGCGUGAUGGUGAAGGUGAUAAUGCAGAUCAAAACUCACCUGAAUAUAUUCCUGAACAAGGAGAAAUAGGACAUGGUGAAGAAGAACAAGAAGAGGAGAAGGAAGUUGAGGAUGAAAGAGGAAAAGCGAUAGCAGAAGAAGAGAAAAAAGAUGAUGGUGUGUUAGUAGACCCAGAAACUCUUCAAACCAUCGUUAAUAAAUCCGGUGGUUCUGAUCAUUACGAUGAUAGUGAUUCACGGGACAUUGAAAUCUUGAAGGCUAUGCUUGUCUACCAAGUACACGAAGGGCGUGUUCCUUUUAACGAUGAAUUGCACGAGUUACUCAAGAACUCAAGUGAAGUUGAAAUUACUGUGGAGGAAUUGGAGAUGAAGUACUUGGUGUUACAGGCCAAGUUCGAAGUGAUUGUCGAAGAGAAGGGCGAGGGACAUGUAUUUGAUAGACCCUAUUGUCAAGAGAUGUUUUUUCUCUCAAAAUGUUUAUGGGGUAGUGGACUUUGA